AAGUGGAAGCCCUACGGAUGGGACACCUGCUCCAUCCUCCUCGCCUGACACCACUGGAGGCCAUAUUUGGGGCGGGUGAGCGGUGGAGUGAUGUAGGGGCAGACAUGUGCGUGCUGGGAUGAAGCGAGCGCCGGCGUUCCCUGAGAGAGAAACAGACAGGCGAGCAGCUGCAGCGGCGCGGACUGAGUUGAGGGCUUUCUGAAGGCGCCUUCUUCUCAGUGGGAUUGCUUAGAGGGCUCCUUUCGCUUGUUCUCUUCUCUUCGCUUCUCCUCUCCUCUGCUCUCCUGCAGCCAUGGGCAUCUUGAAGGACGUGCGCGCACGCGGAACGCAUCGGCGUUUUCUUUGACCAUCAUCGCCCCUCUUUAUCUAUCUGGGUCAUCCGAAAGGGGCUUCGAGCAGGUGGAUGGACUGGGCGAAAAAUGCAGUGACUCGCGAGGAGGGAAACGAAGGCUUUUCGGCGUGAAGCAAGGCUCAUCUCUCCCCAAGGUGUGUUAUCACAACAGUGAAUCCAGAUGGAGACUCUAUUUGUUUACUUGGUGGUCAUUAUCAUGGCAGUAAAAGCCCAGAAGAUCCAAAUAUGUCCCAAACGUUGCAUUUGUCAGGUGCUGUCUCCUAACCUGGCCACAUUAUGUGAUAAAAAGGGGCUGCUUUUUGUGCCCCCGAACAUUGACAGACACACCGUUGAACUGCGGCUAGGUGACAAUUUUAUAACAAACAUCAAACGGAGGGACUUUGCCAACAUGACCAAGCUUGUAGACCUAACUCUCUCCAGGAACACCAUUGGCUCUGUUGCACCCCAUGCUUUCAACGACCUGGAGAACCUGCGUGCCCUGCACUUGGACAGUAAUCGUCUUACACGCAUCACGAACGACACUUUUAGCGGCAUGUCUAAGCUCCACCAUCUCAUUCUGAACAACAACCAGCUCACUUACAUCCACAUAGGAGCCUUUAAUGACCUCUUGGCCCUUGAAGAGCUUGACCUCUCCUACAACAAUCUCGAGAGUGUUCCAUGGGUGGCCAUCCAGCGCAUGAUCAACCUCCACACUUUAAGCCUGGACCAUAACAUGAUUGAUUAUAUUCCAGAGGGGACGUUUUCAGGACUUUUGAAGCUCAAGCGGCUAGAUGUCACCUCCAACAAGCUACAGAAGCUUCCACCUGAUCCAGUCUUCCAACGAGCAGGUGUUUUGGUCACCUCGGGCAUUUUUGGCCCAACGUCCUUUGCGCUGAGUUUCGGAGGGAACCCACUGCGCUGUAAUUGCGAGUUGCUGUGGUUGAGGAGAUUGCGGCGCGAGGAUGACCUGGAAACUUGCGCAGCUCCCCAGCACCUUUCUGGACGCUACUUCUGGACCGUGUCUGAGGAGGAGUUCCUGUGUGAGCCUCCCCUCAUUACACGUCAUUCACAAGAGACCAGGGCACUGGAGGGCCAGCACGUUACCCUGCGCUGCAAAGCUCGUGGUGAUCCAGAUCCUGUCAUUCACUGGAUUGCCCCUGAUGGUAGGCUAGUGUCCAACUCAAGCAGGACAGUGGUCCACAGUGAUGGGACGCUAGAUAUCCUAAUCAGCACCGUGAAGGAUUCAGGUUCGUUCACCUGUGUGGCAUCCAACCCAUCUGGAGAGGCUCAGCAGACUGUUGAGUUGCUUAUUACCAAACUACCACAUUUCACAAAUGACACAAGCCUGGUACAGGAGCCUGACCCUGGCUCCUCAGACAUUGCUACGUCCACCAGGAUGGGUGGAGAUGGCAGCCCUGCUAUUGCAAACACCAAAGCUGGACAAGAAAAGCGGGUGCUGAUCUCUGAAAUCACAUCCUCCUCGGCCCUGGUGAAGUUCAGCCUUCAGCGGAAUAUCCCAGGGAUUCGGAUGUUCCAAAUCCAGUACAAUGGAACCUAUGAUGACUCUCUGGUGUACAGAAUGAUCCCUCCAACCAGUAAAACCAUCCUGGUCAACAACUUAGCAGCCGGGACAUUGUAUGACCUCUGCGUGCUAGCAAUUUAUGAUGACGCAAUCACCACUCUCACGGCUACGCGGGUGGUGGGGUGUGUUCACUUCUCCACGGAGCCCCAGUACCUUCGUUGCCACUUCAUGCAGUCCCAGUUCCUCGGAGGCACGAUCGUCGUCAUCAUCGGGGGUGUCAUCGUGGCCUCUGUCUUGUCUUUCAUCAUUUUCCUCAUCGUGCGCUACCGGGUUUGCAACCAGGAGGGAGUGGACAAGGGAGUGGAGCUGGGAGACAUGCACUCUCAGUCCAGGAGUGAGCAGUUGCAAGGCUGUGGGAUCAUCAAGUCCAUGUCCAAGCAGGUUCUGGGCUCAGAGAGGGACUCCUGCCGAAAGGUAUCGCCCCAAAUGGAGGCAGCUCCUUCUCCAGCACCAGCCGCAGCUCCCCCUCCUGUGCCUCGGCCGCCACCCAAACCCAGCCUUCCUGACUGCACUGUGACUACCUCUGCCGCCAGCCAUAGCUGGCAUCCUGCCUCGCCCAACACCCGACGACCAGCGCACACCACCACCCCAAAACCCGGCAUGCCGCAUAAGCAGGACGCACAGGUCAGCAUGGAGCUUGACAACAGCAACAAAAACAACUCGACCAAGACCCGUCCUAAAUCCGCCCAAAUCCGGGCCUACUCCACCAUGGUGACCCCGGCUUCCAGGAGAGCACAGCUAGAAUCCUUGCACAACUACAUGACUGUUCCGGUGGGGUGCGCGAGAGUGAGCCGCAGGCACUCUCUGAAUGUAGACUCCUGUAAACAGCCGAGUUACAUGACUUACCAGCAGCAGACCGGCAGCCUGCGGUCCAAACGCAGCCUGUCCAUGAGUGGCGGAGAUCUGCCCCAGCUGGACACUUCAGGCAGACUCCACGGGAAGGACUCUCUGUCCAGGUCAGAGUGGGUUCUAGAAAGCACACUAUAAUGAUGAUU